GAUGAUACUUGCAGCUCUGAGCCAUGGCUGAGCCGAGGGCAAGAUGUCCAGGCUCCUGAAGAUGCUGCCUCGUGUUUGUCAAGGUACACCUUCUGGUGGGGCUGGCCCAGCAUCCGUGCAGCAAAUCAGAAGGGCUGCCUUUUGCAGGGGGAUCUACCCAAACUGCCCCGUGUCGAUGACCCGGACUACCUCUUUCAAAGAUGUGCAGCUCUUUGGAAAACCCAGCGGGGAGACAAAGCAGGACUUUUGCGCUCCAUAUGCUGGAGGAUUCAGUGGAGGAUCUUCCUGUACUCUUUGCUUCAUGGCUGGAUGUUCCUUUUCUUCAUGACUGUUGACCCAUUGAUGCUCCGCGUGCUAUUGGACGCAGUGCAGAAUGCAAACAGCAAGCAGAGCAUCAGCUUCGUCACGCAGUUGUGCAUAGUUUGCGCCCUCAGCAUCUCCAUGCUGACACGGGUCACGUGUAUGGAGAUUUGUUACUUUGCCUCCUGCCGCGUGCAGAACAAUGUACGCUCUGUGCUUGUCCACGCCAUUUUCCGGAAGUCGCUGUGGAUUCCAGACCACUUGUUGGACAUCGGUCGCAUUUCCAACCUCAUGGCAACCGAUGCGGACAAAAUCGGCAAGUGGUCUGGCCUGCUGUUCAGCUUGUCUCAGUGGUCCUGGACGAUCAUCUCCCUGCCCAUGCUGGUGUAUUUCCUGCAUGGGUUGGUGGGUUCGUCGGCCUUCAUUGGCAUGGCAAUGAUCAUCGUGGGGGCGGCCACGUCCCGGUGGCUGGGCCUGUGCCUGCAGGUGCAUACGCGGGUGGUCCAGGAGUGCCGGGACGCGCGUGCCACGCUGAUGAGCGAGAUGGUGCGGGGCAUCCGCACCGUGAAAUUGCAGGUCUGGGAGCCCAUUUGGCUUCAGCGCAUCUCGGAGGCACGCGCCAGGGAGAUGCGGGCCGUGGUCAAGGUCCGCAUCAUUCAGGCCUUCAAUUCUUUGAUCGGGUCUGUGCUGAGCGUCAUGGUGCCCGUCACCAUCUUCGCCUGGUAUGCCAUUGUCAUCGGCAAGGAGCUCGAUGCAGUCACCUGAGUGAACUUGCCUCCUUUUGUUCUCAUCCUUUGUCUACGACUUGCUGUGAGCUGGGGUGAGUCCUCAAAGAGGGAGUAUUUCGGUUUGGGGUUAUUUGUUUGGUGUCUUUUGUUUGGUCUUGCAGUCCAUUCGUGUUGCAUCCCCAGGCAACGGCUUUCACAACGCUGGGCUGGAUCUCCACGCUUCAGUGGUCCGUGCAGUCCCUGCCAGGCAUCUACAACACGGUGGCCAAUUUGACGCCAAGCCUCACGCGGAUCGACCGCUUUCUCACAGCUUCAAUUUCUGAACGGACAGCGAGGCCGGGAUCCGAGACAGAGAUGGAGAUGGCGGAGAUGACAGUCACAUCAAUGUCUGGAGCUGGCGCAGGCGGCACGGGCUCUUGGCGCCAGGAACCUUGGCUCAACACAGAUGGCUCGUACGAUGCUCCACACGAUACGGCCGGAGCAGCAGUGGAAGUUCAGAACGCUGCCUUCGGCUAUAAGUCGCCCGACUUGGUAGAGACACGUAUCCUGCAAGGCGUGAACUUGCAAGUCAAGGCAGGUAGCUUCGUGAUGAUCGCCGGACCUGUGGGCAGUGGCAAGAGCACUCUCUUGGCGUCUCUGGCUGGUGCGCGGCCGGCCCUGAGCGGGCUUUGCCGUGUGCGGGGCCUACGGGCCUUCGUGCCGCAGAAGCCGUUUCUUCUCAACGGCUCGGUGAAGGAAAACAUCCUCUUUGGCCUCCCAUGCGACCAGGAGAGGUACGAGUCAGCCUUGCAGACGGCAGCUUUGCCGGAAGACUUGAAAACGCUUUCGCGUGGGGAUGCGACUAUGGUGGGCGAGAGUGGUGUUCAACUUUCUGGAGGUCAGAAGGCACGUGUGGCCCUAGCUCGAGCAAUUUACUCCGAUGCAGAUGUGAUUUGCUUGGAUGACGUGCUGAGCGCGGUGGAUGCACAUACUGCCCGAUUUAUUUGGGAGAAGUGCUUCACUCAGGGCUUUCUGAAGUUGAAAAAGACGGUCAUCUUGGUGAGCCACCAAAUUCAGUACUUGUCGCGACCAGAAGUGAAUUCCGUGGUGAUCCUGCGAGAGGGGCGUAUUUGGCUUCAGGGUUCGUGGGGUGAGCUGGCCCGCAGCGGCGACGCGUUUCUCAACUUGGUCGAGGAGUGGGAAGAGAUGGAAGAGGAGGAUGCCGGAGAAAAGGCAGAAAGCAAAGAAAGCAAAGAAAAGCCAAGGGAGCAUCAGCGUUCCGUGGACAGCCAGGUUGGCCUGCAUGAGUGCCAAAGUGCCGUGGCCUCAGUGCUCGGCGCCUUGGAGGGCCGAAGGAUCAACGGCUCGUUGAUCCAGAGCGUGAGGCGCUCGUUGGCCGGCGAGGCGGAGCUUGAGGCAGACCUCGUCCGAGAGGGCACCAUUUCCUGGACGGAUUUCCGGGUCUAUUUGGAGGCCUUCGGGUCCAGCACCGUGAUUUGCAUCAUGCUGCUGCUCAUGGUCUUCUCAGCCGUGAGCCAGAUUGCCUCCACCCUUUGGCUCGCAGCCUGGACGAGCAACCGGGACUCAGACCAGGAAAAGAACGUGCUCGUCUAUUUCUUCAUCAGCGUAUCAACGAGCCUGGCGAACUGUGCGCAGGCCAUCCUUCUCACGGUGUGCGCGUUGGCAGCUUCUCGCACAAUCCACCAGAAGAUGCUGCAAAAGAUUCUGGCGGCGCCCAUGUCGUUCUUUGACGCUUCGCCCACAGGGCGAGUCUUGAAUCGCUUCCUGCAAGAUUUGCAGAACAUUGACAGCUUUGUUCCCAACUCCAUCUCAGACCAAAUCGUGAAAACGCUGAAUAUCGUGACGCAGCUGUCCUUGGUCUAUAUCGAGGCUCCCUGGGUGCUUUGCACCCUGCCAGUGCUGGCGGUUCCAUAUUCAAUGAUCUACAAGCGCAUGCGCAUCCCCAACCGGGACAGCCGGCGUUUGGAAAGCGCAGCCAGAAGUCCUGUGUACACGCACUUCAAUGACACCCUGCACGGCCGUGAGACCUUGCGCGCAUUUGGUGCAGAGGCGCGCUUCGAGCGGGAGAAUUUGCGGCACAUCGGCGUGAUGUCGCAGGGGCUCUAUGGGAACCAGGCGGUUUCAAAGUGGGCCCAGGCGCUCACGACGCAGUGGGGCUGUGUGCUGUACUGUGCAUCUGCCUUUGUGUGUGUGGAGCUGGCCCGGAAAGGGCAGAUGCCUGCUGGCCAUGUGGGUUUGGUACUUUUGUAUUCUGCUCAGCUGCAAAGGGGCAUGAUGGACUACAUGACGAUGGGCGCGGCAGAUGUGGAGACAAAAUUUGUCUCUGUGGAGCGAGUGGCCGAGUAUGUGCGACUAGAGGGUGAAACGGAAGGAGCUUCGGUGGUAGAGAAUUGGCCCAAGGGAGAGGUGAAGCUGGAAGCUGUGGCCAUGCGGUACCGCCUGCACCGCGACCUUGUCCUUCGAGGCAUUGACCUCCACAUCCCCACGAAGUCAAAGUUGGCGUUCUGCGGCCGGACGGGCUGUGGGAAGAGCUCCCUCUUCAGCGCCCUAAAUCGUCUCUACCCCCUGGCCGCCGGGCGGGUCAUCAUCGAUGGCAUCGACAUCAGCACCCUGCCCCUGCGCACGCUUCGUGCCAACGUCCGAGUGGUGUCCCAAGAGUCCUUCCUCAUUUCUGGCUCGCUGCGGCAAAAUCUCACCAUGGGCGCGAGCGCAGCGCGCGCUCACCCGGACGAUGUCCUGUGGCAUUGCCUUCGGAUCGUGGGCCUAGAGGACAAGGUUAGGUCGCUUCCCAACAGCUUAGACUUCGCCGUGGAAACGGCAGGCCAGAACUUUUCGGUGGGCGAGCGGCAACUGGUAACCUUGGCCAGGGUUCUGGUGCCUGGUGAGCCCUGUGAUUUUGCGAACUGGACACCUCCAAAGAUCCUCCUUUGUGACGAAGCCACUGCCAACAUCGACGUGAUCACCGAUGAGAAGGUCCACGAUGUUGUGCUCGGCCUGGAUGCCACCGUGAUGAUGAUCUGCCACCGGCUGCAGCACAUCAGCCGCUUCCAGCAGGUCGUUGUGCUGGAUGCGGGGAAGCUUGUGGAGCACGGGUCGCCCGACGUCCUUUUGGAUUCCUCAAGGACGACGCCCAGCCACUUGGCGCGCCUCUGCGCGGCUGCCGGGCUGUGAAUGUACAGAUGGCUCGUGAUCUCGUGGCGCAAGUUGGAAUCUGCCGAGUGUGCAUGUCUCACUGACCCGAGAUGCCCCAAAAGCGGAUUCGGAGAAGUGC